AUGUUGCCUAGAAAGAGCAAAGGUCUCCAAAAGAUCCAAAUGGCAAGGGUGGAGAAAGCAAACGACUUACUGGUUACCUUCUCUAAACGCCGUUGUGGCUUGUUUACAAAUGCAAGUGAGCUUAGCAUCUUGUGCGGGGUUGAAAUUGCUAUAAUUGUCUUCUCUCAAGGCAUAAAGAACCGACAUAAGGGCCAACUAAAAGCCACUCACAAGCUUCAACGGUUACAUUUUGGUAUAAUUCUUACCAUGCCUAGAAGCAAAGUGAAGCUUGCUUUCAUAAAGGACAACAAGGAAAGGAAAAACUCAUUCAUGAAAAGAAAGGAAUGGUUAAAGAACAAGUUGAAGGAGGUAUCAAUCUUAUGCAGUAUCGAGGCAUGUGUGAUCAUGUAUAGCUCAUACGAACCGGAGCUAGAGGUAUGUCCUGAAGACAACACUGCCUUUCAAAAUGUGUUGAAUGCGUUUCUAACGAAGUCACCCAUGGAGAGGAGAAAGUUUUUAUUGAAUCAAGAUAGCUACAUCAAGGAAAGGAACAACAAGAUUAAGUAG